AUUACUCUCAGCUGAAAUAUCCUAGAAUUACUCGCUUUUGAUACAUGGACCCAUGCGUUGACUGUCAGAGACAAAAGGUAUUACAGUCAGCUUGAAUCCUUGUUUAAAUAAAAAACUUUGAAGGGAGUAUUUUGAAUUCCCGCUAACAUUCCUUCUCCGUGACAGAGCGUUAAUUUCGGCUUGUUGAUUGACGGGUGCAUAAUCAAUGACAUGCGAUUGGCUGGACAACACUCACUUUGUUCUGCUCGCGUCUAGAGACUGCAAUUCUGCGUUCAUUUUUACAUACUUUUGACAUUUUUCAGCAAAAUAUACGUACCCCAACUGCUCACUACCGGCGCAGAUUUGCCAAUGGUUUGUCCUCAAUAACAUUUCAAGGGGUCAAGACAUCACGGCUUCGAGAACAGCCGGCGAAAGCGUCGCUCUGGUACGAUAAACAACAUGCGAGGCUUUAACGAGGUCGUUGAUUUUCUUCUGUGCUUUUGUUUGUUACACAGAGCAGCUUAUGGACAGAGUGGCUUUGUGACCGUUCAGUUAGAAGAAAACAGAAAAGGCGGCCAUCAAGUUUACUCACUCCAGUUGCCUGCGAGUAAUGAAGUCUAUUCGUUUUUUCCCGGUCAAGAUGACGAAUCGAGGGCCGCUUUAACCCUGUUUAAAAUUUCUGAGCGCGGGGUCAUAACAACCACAAAGCCGAUCAUCUACGAGAUUGGCAAGAAGAACUAUUAUGACUUAGUUGCCAUAAAGCGCAGUCGAGGCGAUGCAGAAGGAGGGGUUCCUACAAGUCUUCGAAUCACUAUCACGGAUACAAAUAAUUUCAGACCCACAUUUCCUAAAAAUUUGUAUCAUGGAAGAGUGAAAGAAGAAGCUCCUUUGAACACUGUUGUGAUGGGACUUGAAAACUGCUUUGCUGAAGACAGAGACUCCGUAGGUUCCCUGAGCUACUCCAUUAGUAGUGGCAAUGAGAAGGGGUACUUCAAACCUGAAGCGAAAACUGUAAACAAACGCGCUUUUCUGGUUUUGAAAACCACUAGCGUGCCAGUCGUUAUCGAUAAGCUUACCACACCCGAAAUUAACCUUACCGUUCAAGCGACCGACGGUGUUUGGUCCGGAGCAACCAAAGUCAGUAUUACAGUCAUCGAUGUGAACAACCACGCUCCAGUUUUCGAGGAAAGUAGCUAUUCGGCCAGUGUUAACGAGGACAGUGUUCUUUUGUCUUCUGUAUUGCGAGUCCGUGCCACUGACAACGAUCACGGCACAAAUGGAGGCAUUUAUUACUCCCUUAAAAAUUCUCCGUAUUUUGCUGUCGAUGCUAUCACUGGAGUUAUCAAAGUUGUUAGGCAACUGCCAAAUCAGGCACAGAUCCCCGCAUUUACUGUUGUAGCUCAGGACAGAGGGUUCCCAAGCAAGUCCGCUGAAGUGCCAGUGAACAUAAAAAUCAAUCUAGUCGAUGGCUUUCCUCCUGCUGAUAAUCCCAAUCCUGGAAUUAACACACCACCUGUAUUCCCAGAAAAAGCCUAUUCUGCAAAUGUGCGCGAGGAUUUUCCCAUUGGUGCGGCUGUUCUUGUGGUGCAUGCUGUUGACCGCGAUCCCCCAAGUGCAAACCGGCGGAUAACAUACAGUUUGAGUGGCGAUAGCACCAAUGCUUUUGAAAUUGACCCAAACAAUGGUGUGGUAAAAUUAAAAGCACUACUGGACUAUGAUAAGUUGAAACAAUAUAACCUCAAUGUUCGUGCGACAGACCAGGGAGUAUCUCCUCAAAGUAGUACAGCUCCUUUGACUAUAACGGUUCAGGAGGUGGAUAAAAAUCGUCACCCUCCCAUAUUUCAACCUUCAGGUGAUCAGCAGCGCUCAUUUUCCAUCCAAGAGAAUGUGAAUCGUCGUACGCAAGUGGGAUCUCUUAUUACUGCUGUAGAUGCAGAUGGUAGCCAAAUUCCAGAUGGCCAAGUAGUAUAUGCCAUCUCGUCGGGGUCAGGCUUGCCUUAUUUCAGUAUUAAUAAGGAUACUGGUCGGUUAGAGACAGCUGCUUUACUUGACCGUGAAAAGCAAGCGCAGUACGACUUGCUGAUUGAGGCCCGGGACAAGGCUCUUUAUCCACUCUAUUCCCACUUGUACCUGAUGAUUGACAUUGCUGCUGCAGAAGACAACAACCCAACUUUCUCGCAGCCAGUAUACUCUGCAAAAGUGCCAGAAAAAGCACCCAUAGGUACUUUUGUGACCCGCGUGCAUGCCUUUGAUAAAGAUGGUGCCACAGUGACUUAUACACAGAAAAAUCCAACCAAUGUUUUCCAAAUUCAUUCAGAGACUGGAGUUAUUACUACAACUAAAGUACUUGAUUCAGCCGUCGAUCAGACUCUGUAUACACUUUUUGUCGAAGCGACUGCUGGAGGUAAACCGUCUGAAGGUCAAGUCAACAUAACUGUUGUGAGCAAACAAGACUCGCCACCUAAGUUUCAAAAUACUCCAUACACAGUCACUGUUCCUGAAAAUCUAGGUCAGAUUCAAAACCUGUUGUGUAUAGCUGCACGAGAUGUUCAUGGAAGAGACGUGACUUACUCCGUUUCUAGCAAUGCUGGUGGAAGAUUCGAGGUUGAUCCUAAAUCUGGUAAGAUCACACUGUCAGUUUUUGUGCAAAGGGGCUAUGUCACAACAAUAUAGGUGCUGAAGUAAUAUUAUUUAGUGGUUUUACCUACAUUUGUAUACACAGGGUUAUGAAGACAAAUAUUAUUUCAUGAGGGAAUGCUAACCAUAUUAAUUUUCUCGAUGAUUUAUGCAGUCAAAACAUUAAAAUUUGAAGAAGUUGGCUCAACAUUUUCAAGUUUCGAUCCAUGUGCAUGCUUGCCCUCUGUUGCAACAGACGACAGGAAACAGUUUCAUUGACAAAAUAUAGUCUUGAAUAAGAAAACUGGAUCAUAAUUUUUGGAAUUUAAUAAGUGAACAAAGAUAGCAAAUAGCAUGACAUAUCUGCCUUUAAUUAAAGCAAACUUGUAGUUAAAUUAUUUCAUGCCAUGUAUCUAAAAUAAUAAAUUAUUUCACAGUGUAAAACUGCUUGAAGCUAAUUUGAACAACCGUAAAUUAUUUAAGUGUUAUCAUUUUAGUAGAUUAGCACUGUCUUAUAAAAGACACUGCUUAUGUCUCCUACUUAAGGAACGUUCUUCAUCUCUACGUGGUCAUAUACCAGCCACCUGAAGGCCAUCUAGCCAUUUGCAGGGCAAAAGUAAUACCCUCUUCCACAGUCAUAUUUUAUAAUCAAGACCAUGAAAGGCAGAUAAGCCCUUCUCCAGUAUUGAUCCACAAUGAUCCAUGACUGUAUUUACCUUCAUUCUAGACAAUAUCUUUAUAAUCUACAGUUAAAUAUUUCUGAGGUGCUUUUCCGCAGCAUUAUGUUGUAUUACAUUUAUUAAACUGGGUCACAGAUAGGCUCAACAAUAUCUAUAUUCUCCAGUUAAAAAUUUCUAAGGUGUUUGUCUGUAGCAUUAUGUUGUGUUAUUAUAACUGGGUCGUAGAUAGGCUCAACAAUAUUUUAUAAUCUCCAGUUUAACAUUUUGUAGGGGUUUGUCCAUAGCAUUAUGUUAUGUUAUUAUAACUGGGUCACAGAUAGGCUCAAUGAUAUUUUGUAAUCUCUAUAGUUAAAUUUUUCUGAGGCGUUUGUCUAUAGUCUAAAUUUCAAAAUGUGUCGUUUCAUAAAUGUAUAUUGAGGAAGAAGAAUGUGCUCAUUGGUAAUUUCUCAUUGUUUUUGCACUUGUCUAUGUUGCUGUUGCAAUAUUAUUUCAACCCAUCUUUGUUUCGUUUGUUGUCAUUUAAUCUUUCGUAUAUCGCUGUUUCAAGGCCUUGUUGCAGGCCAGAAUUUUACUGUAACAGAGUUUCAUUUCUGGGCAAGAAUAGUUUGGUUGAAAAUUGGCCUUUUCCUGGCUUAAACGGUUAACCAUCUUUAGAGGGGGCUGCAGUUUAUCCUUGAGAUUUUAUGGUUCAGUUUGUGCCUUUUUUAUGAACUUUUUAUUUUGUUUUGCUAUAGGACGGUUCAGUGCCACCGGCUCGUUUGACUAUGAGAGUGCAAGCGAGUAUAGGGUUGACGUGGAAGCAUCAAGUGGAAGUCCGAAACAGUCAGACUAUUCUGCUGUUACAGUGAGGGUCACAGGUGAAAAAGAUCCACCAAAAUUUAGCAAGAAGAAAUUCACGUUCACAAUAUCUGAAGCAACACCAACUGGCACAUCCAUUGCGGCAAGUGAUGGUAUGAUCAUAACUGAUGAAGACACCCAGUGGAAUCAAUUUGCUUGCACCAUUGAGAAUAUCCGUGACAUAGAAGUUGUGAAUCAUUUCAGAGUGAACCUAGUUCAAGUUGGAAACGCUGGAGAAUGCAAACUUGUGACACAGAGUAGUUUUGAUCACUUCAAGACCCCCAGUUUUAAAUUUGAAGUGCGAGCUACAGAUGUUAAUAAUCGAAACAUGUAUGCUUCAGCUGAGGUAGAGGUCAUUAUAGAGGACACCAAUAAUUAUGCUCCUAAAUUUACACAAUCAUCGUAUUGGGCUUCUGUGAGAGAAGACUUUGCCGUCCAGGGCUCAAUAUUGAAAGUGAGUGCGGUUGACAGGGACUCUGGAACAUUUGGAGAGAUUGUAUAUGAGUUACUUGAUGCUAAUGACAGGAACAGGUAAGUACAAAGUUUUAUGUAAACUCAAGAUUGAUUUUGUGCAUUUUCAUAUCUGCCAACUCAAAGGCAUUUUGCAUAUUAUUUUUGGUUAUAAAUUUAGAGACUACAAAGAUGGAAUCAUGCAGUUGUUGAUUAUCUUCGGUGACUCACUUUUAAAGCAAUUUCAUUUGCUUUGUAGCGUGCGAACUAGAGCCGAAAAAUCCGGAUGCUCUCACAGACUAUUUUGUUUUGCUAAAAAUUAAAAAUCACAUGUUACAUUCAUCUGGGCAAAUAAAGGCUUGCAUGCCAUCUAAACAAUGCAGUUUUGAAAACAAUGUUACAUUUCAUAGUGACAAAAAAACCACACAACACGAAAAAAAACCUGUAUUUGUGUGUUUUCGGAAAAAAAGGAAGCAAUUGGAUAACAGGUAGCUUUCAACACUGACUUUUAUACACGCUUGCACUAAUCUCUCUUCCCAGAAUUCUCUGUCAAGCACAAGUGACAUUUAUUUAAAAUCAGUGCACGCCUAAUGCUUGUUUCGGUGCCAGUUAACAAUUUACAUUUCAUUGUCUUGAGAAAAGUUUCCUGGAUCUAGCAUCAUGUAAAGCUCUGAGAUGGGGUAAAGUUAAUACGAUUUGCAGAGUCUGCAUGGUCCAAUAUUGUAUUGUGUUUUCGUUUUAUUUGGCUAAACGGAUUGAUCACCCUGUACCCGGCUGAGACAAAAAAGGUACAAUAUCGUUCGCUUUUCUAAGGUGACCACAAAGUCUUUGGCCUCGGGAACGUGCUUUUACGAGGCAAAUUAAUUAGGGGAGAGCAAAAUUGCAGGUCAACUUUGACCCAGGCCCGGACAGUGUGACUGUACAUUGGGAACUUGAAUAAGAUGAGUGUAAGAGAAAAGCCCAGAGGUGUUUAUCUGCCAGUACAUGUAGGCUGACUUUUUCUGGGUUAUUAAUUUGAUGCGGGCCUUAGCAUGGGGAGGGACCGGGGGGGCCCAUGCUCCCUAUUUUUUUGCCCCAAAAAGUCAAAACACACAUGCAUAAAAGUUGAAAAUAAAAAGUUAUCUCUGAGAGCAUUGAAACAAUGAUGUCUCUGCAGCUAGGUGAAAGAUUUUCUGGUUCUAAGAUACAGAGACCAGUCCAAUGUGUCAUCUGGACCCCAAACCCUCUGCUUCUCAAAUGCAAUGAGCUACCUAAACGUUUUGUGCUCCCCUAGUUUCUAAAGGCUUGCUACGACCCUGUGAUGUGGCUGUGUGGUUGAGCUGUUGCACCAAAAUAUUCUAUGUCAGCCAUAAAAAUGUUUUGUCAGCGUUUAACUUAGCUGAUUGUGCCUUGGAAAACCAAUUCUUGACUCCGGAAACUAAAGGUGUAGUUUCAGCAGGCUCUAGGUUUGGAACCAAAGGUUCUUGCAGAUAAGAAGGUUAUUUUACUUUGUUGUCUAUACAAUGUGAAAUCCUGUCAUUUAUCGGACCGCAAAAAUAGUAGAGCAAGUUGUUGUGUAAGCCUCAACCAAGCACUUUUUAGCUGCAUUUCACUCAACUUAAAAAUUUCUAGACUGAAAUGACAAAUUUCCCUGAAGUUUAAUUUUUGGGGACCACACUCAGGUUUAUAAAGAGAAAGAAAAAUUUGUCGUUACUUGUUCGUGUCCUCCAAAAAAAGUGAAAUGAUGCAUUUUCACGUCGCAGUCAUCAGUGACGGUAAAGAAAUGUACAAAUGAGUGUGAUGAAAGUACAAAGUUGUUGUUUUGUGAAUAAACCUUUGACAUUCUCUUUGCUGUCACCGUUGCUAAAGCUCCCUAAUGUGACUGGCAAGAGCAAUAAUCUACUGAACAUUGUUGGUCGUCCAGUUGAUAUUUCCUUGACCUGAAACUGGUUCCUCCAUCAAGUUAAAAUCAAAAGCUAAUUACAUCUACAUGUAUGUUAAGUGACGAGGAACAUAUUAAUUUUCUUUUUGACAGAUUCAGUUUGGAUUCAACCACUGGUGUGUUGAGUAGUGCCACUUCCAUGUCAGCCCAGACAUAUAGACUCAGGGUUCGUGCUUCAGACAGAGGUAAUUUUAUUCAUAAUAUUUUUUACGUUAGGCCCAGACGUGGAAUUUCACGUGCCAAAUCUAAUUCAAGGAUUUAAAUGCAUGUUAGAUGUGAUGUCCAAAUCAAUUAAAUUCGACAGUUUCAAUUAAUGAAAUACAACUUUGCUGAAUCUGUGACUGAAACGGUGGAAGAUUCGACGUAGGUUUGACAUUUGAUUCAGAUGUUGCAUUUCACAUGUGCCGAGUGUAAUGCAUUAAUUAUCCAUGUUGGAUAACAAGUUGUUUUAGAAACUGCGAUUAUUUACAACAAGUGUAGAACUUAAAUUUGCCACCAGUAUAUCGGACAUCUUAAUCAACUGCCGUAUUUACUUAUUUUUGUUGACUAUAAACUGGGCACAUCUGAAAUUCAACUUUGGAACUGGGACAUAUUUUGUAGAAUAACUGCAAUGAUGCAUUACAAUGGUGCUAUAAAAUAUUACAAUGCAUUACAAUGGUGCUGUAAAAUAUUAUAUUUAACUCUCUAAAUAUCAUUAUUGGUAGUGUGUAAUGCUUUGUAUUUUUCUUUUGGUUUCAAUGCCUUAAUGAGACCUCUUAGUUUUACUUCUGAAAUAUUUAUUGAUUCAUGAAUAGUGUUGUUAUCAAAUGUUUAUAUAAUAUCAAUGUUUUAGCAGGCUAUACAGCUGCUAGCCUGUGUCACAGAGGUCCAUCUGUGAAACAGCGCCAAAAUUGUUGUUCUGGGCUCCCACCUCUGUACCAGGAUUUGAUUACGUGCCAUGGUUGGCCUGUUAAAGAAGUUAUUGUCAAUUUGCCUAUCAGGUUGAAGGGAAAUGCAAAAUGUAUUUCUGGUAAUUAUUGAGUCUGUUGGAGGCCCAGAACAGGUAUUUUGAUGCGGCUUCGCUGACGUUACUAACCUGGGUUAAAUUACAUCUGCAACACUGUUUAUAAGCUGUAACAGGUCUUUACAUAAAGCUUGUCCUUUGGGCAAGCAGCUAUCACACUUUCCUUGCCCAGCACCUCUUCUUGCUUGUCCUUACUCCUAGUUAAUGAUUUUGUUAGAGGGUGACUUGCCGGGACCCUUGCCCAUUGGGCACAAAGCUGGGCUGGGAAAACGGUUCCAGAAGUAACGAAAACAUGGUGAAAAGUUUCUUUGAAUAAGGGAGCAAUCGUCACAAUGAUCCAGAAAUCGUGACCACUAUCGUACCCUUCUGUCACUACCCUUUGAUUCCUUCAAAUUUCUUUGAAGGCAAGGUUCUUUCAUUCCCUGCCAAGCCAAGGAUUCGCCUGGAUCAAGUUUCUCGAGAACUAGCAUCACAGGAUAAAGCGUUUCCUGGUUGGAUAUCCCUAACGACACACCCCGCUCACACUGCCGGCCAGAAAACUGGCUGGUCAAAAAUAGCGCACUGCGGGCAAGGAAAGUACAUUUCCCGACUGACCACCAAACCAGCAGAAACCAGAAACAGGCUUUGAGAAAGUAUGGGGCAUUAAUUGUAUAUGUUUAAAUAAGGGCUAGGAGACAAAGGAAAUUUAGAAUCAACCGAGGCCAAAGAAUUUUAACCUGGAUUUAAUUUUGACUUGUAAUGUAUGCACCAGAAAAAAUUUUAAGAAAGAUACAUUAAUUUUGUAUUAUUGCUGUCUUUUGUAUGAUGAGUAUAAUGCUUAACAUUGUGGCUUUUGUUUUUCUUGACUUAAUGUACAGCUCAAGGACAAAAUCAAGUCAAAAGCUCAGAGGUUUUGGUUGAAGUAUCUGUCUAUGGAUCUGGGACUACGCCUGUAACAUUUGACCCGUCACCUGGAAGCUAUACCAUAGCAGAGAAUUCAAAUGUCAACACCCCAGUAUUUACUGCAAAUGCCAAGGGACAAAGUUCGAUUACAUAUGAAAUUGUUGGCGGAAAUGAUGAUAAUGCUUUUAAAAUCAAUGCUAACAAUGGGCAGGUGACCGUAAGAACUAAAGAAUCUCUUGAUCGUGAAGUAAAAGCAAGUUACAACUUGGUCAUUCGAGCUAAAGACCAAGGUGAUCUAGCAGCUGAUGCAACUGCCAUCAUCAGUCUAAGUGACUUAAAUGAUGAAUCUCCCAGGAUCACUUUCAUGGAGCAAGAGCCUAAAAACAUUGCAAUCGAAGACUUCUCUCCAGCAGGUGCAUUUGUGAUACAGGUAUGAAAGUUAAAUUGUGGUGUUCACGUAACUAAAAUUUUUGAUCUUUUAGGAACCAAGUGAUUUUCCUUGAAUUGUGCAAUCAGCUACCAUUUGAGGUCAAAGUUAUUGUGGAAAAUUGCCACAUCACUUAAUUUUAGAAGCCCUGUGGAACUAAAAUAAUUUGCUUUAACCCGAGUCACUGGAAACAAAAGUAAAAUGAUUUUCAAGUGAACACCUUGCAGGGUUCUCAUUAAGUGCCUGCAACCGGCUAAAAAACUGGCUACUUGGAGGUUUGAGCCAUCUACUUUUUGGGGAAACAGGGUAAAGUGAGAGAGUAAAAGCCUGAAAUUGGCUUCAGCCCUCAGUUGCCAAGCUGCCUACAUUUACAUCAUAGCUGUCUUCUUUAUCAAGCUUAAUAAAAACCCUGACCUUGUCAAAGAGAAAAUAAUAAUUUAAAGUAUAAAUUAAUAGUAUUGAUAAGGUGGUUGUUUGACUCUGGGUCAAAAUUAUUGUUUGGAGAUGUUGGUUUUUACGGAGAGGGGAAAAAAAACCAAAGCUUAUUGGAGCGAAGGCAACAACUAAUGCAUAUUAAACUUGGUUUUGUGGUACUUGAACGCGGGGUCAUAUUGGUGAGGAGUAAGCGCUCUCAGUUGCACCAUCAAUGCCCCCCAAGGCAAGCAAGCUAUAGCUGCAAAUCAAACGCAAGUUUCAGUUUUGUUUGCUCUGUAAGGAACCAACCAGUCAUUAUUUAUCACCUGGGAGGAGGAGGGCAGGGGAGAGUUUUGGAGAUCACUUAAUUUUUAGGAGAACAGAAUGGGGGAAAUUCGUAAAGCGGAUCAUUGAAAUAAAAGCUGCCCUCUGAGCUAUGGCAGGGAUGUUUCUCUCCCUUGCGUCAAGAGGUUUUUGUCCAGGUACUCCACUUUUCCUCUUUCCUCAGAAACCAACAUUUCCAAAUUCCAAUUUGACCAGGAAUGAGAUAGACGAAGAACCACUUAGUGGAUGCACCAUCUCUCUAAAUCGUCUAUUUUGUUUGUUUAUGUUGGUAAGGUUUGGCUGUUGGCUAAUUUCACCGUCUAAAAAAAAGACCACACCACUGGCUCAAAUUGGUGCAGUUGAGUGAAAAACCCAGCUUGAUUAAUAAAAAGCCGGCUUAGCUUUUCCUUAGCUAAUCUCUACUAUCGGAGAGAUUUAUGGUCAAAUCACAGUACUCAGACAGCUGUAUUUCCACAGGUCAUCCUACAAAAUAACAUGCAAAAUUUUGCAAGAUACAGUAACUACUGGUAAAUUUCCUCUGUCUGAAGCACAAAACCUAAGCUUAUUUUUCUGGACUGACAUGGAAGUUGCACUGCCGGGGGUGGUUGAAUCCGAACUGAAUCUGUCAAAAAAUUAUAUAUUCUUUGUCACUUAACACUCAUGUACCAGAAUUUUAUUACUUUAAAGUAGCAAUAAACAAAUUUAUUGAAAUAGUGGUUUAAUGGUACUUACUGUAAGUAUGACAACUUAUUGUUAAUACUAAUACUUGCUUAUUUGAUUCACGUUUGUGUCAGGUGUUUGCCAGUGAUCGUGAUAUAAAUCAAGCUGGUAGAGUGACAUACAGCAUAACCACAGCGAACACACCAUUCCAGAUAGAUUCAAAUACAGGAGUAAUAACAACCACAAGAGAAAUAAGGUAAAUCAUCUGUCACUGUCAAACAUAGAAAACUGUGAUCACCUCAGUGAAUUAUUUCAGGAGUGUUGAUUGUGUAUUGACCAAUAACAGUUGAGAUCUGUACAUGCAGAUCAUAAUACUACUAGUCUGCAUAGCUGGUGGAAUUGGUUUUGCACGCAGGAAAAGCUUUCCUGGGAGAAGCGAGCAUCGAAGGGAUUUCAGAGGCUCCUCCCCAUUUCCCACACAGCUUUGUAGCUACUAAAUCAUGAUCCUGCCUCCCUAUUACGAGAAUCAAUAAAAUGAUCACCACAGCAGAAAGGCUUUGAUCUUUUAUCAAAUUCUCUUAAGGAAUUCUUAGACAAGUGUAUGGAGUUAAGUCUGGAGAAAUUGUAUGUGGAUAUUGGGCCUUGGACUAGUAACUGUCUGAGGUUACUGCAAAAGUCACCUCUGCAUAAGUUGCUACUUAAAGUGCGAGGAUCAGCUCUACAUUUAUUUCUUCAUUCCGCGGUUCAACUGUAUGAAAUUCUUAUACUCAUUAUUUCAUCUCCAUGUUCCUGGAUAUAUCACGAACCAAUUUAACGAUCAGCUCCUGGUUGGCUUGCCAGCUCAAUCCACCGUACCUAAGAAGAUGGUGACUAGUACAUUUCCCCGCAGUUCUUAGCGCAUGAAAACCAUAAAAUUGCUCAUAAAACUGCACAGCAAAGUUUUAUUAACUUCAAACCUAGCACAGGCAAUGUUGCUAUUACAGGGGUCCCCCCAAAAUAUGACUUUAUCUGUAACUGGCCUUGUCAGGAAAGGAAUUGUGGUAAAAUGUACAGCCGCCAUCUUUUUCCGUUCGGCGGAUUGAUUGGAGAGCUGCACCAGUAUUCCCAGGGGUCAUGAAGAGUGGUUCGAAUCCUUGCAAGAUUGAAUUAUUUCAGGCUCUCUUUUCAACUGCAAGGAUCUUCUCUACAUUUCUUCAUCCUGCGGUUCAGAUUUAUGAAAUUCAUGUAUUCCAUUUGUCACCUCAUAAUAUCUCAUUUGCAACAUUCCUUUCCCACUGCGACAGGAAAACUCAGCAACAGACAUAUGACAUCGCUGUCAGAGCGCAGGAUGGCGGCGGUAAACAAAGCCCAGAAUACAGGCUUAGAAUCCAUGUUACAGAUGGACUGGAGGCCCCGCAGUUAACACCUUCCAUGUCUGCCACCGUUUAUGAAGACCAGAAAGUUGGUUAUGUCGUCAAAAGAAUUUCACCUAGAGUAAACAACAUCAACUAUAAGUACUCAAUUCUGGCUGGAAACACGAAUGAAGCAUUCUGUAUCAAUCAUGCGGGUGUAGUUACUGUGGCAAAACCUUUGGACAGGGAAAAGAUCUCCUCUUACAUCUUAAGGGUGUCUGUUGCUGUUGGAAAUAAAGUCAGCAAUACAACCCUUACAGUUUCUAUAAAUGACAGAAAUGAUGAUGCUCCGCACUUCACUCAAACUGUUUAUUCCUUUGAUGUCAGCGAAGCCAAAGGUACGUUACGUAUAUUGUGUUGCCUCUAUUCAGGGGACACCCUCUAGACUAAGGUAUUAAGUGUCGCUUGAAUAGAGGUUGGGCUAGGUUUUGUCAAUAAUUAACCAACAAAUGAAUCAUGUUUCUUUUAUUCGCUUUGGAAACUGCUGCAGUCGUUAUUUUAAGAAAAGGCGCAGGUGAGCCAAAGGCUCAAACGACCGGAGCUUAUCCCGCUUUCCUUAGCGUGACACAUGCCUACGAGUAUUAAUCCUACCGUUAUUGUGUUCACACCCUGGCGUUCAAAGUUUCGACCGUACAGGUUAUACACCUGGCCUCCAUUUUGGCAAUUAAAAUUUUUGAAUGGCUGGGCGUCUAAAUUUUCAUACGGUUAAGGUUGUUCCGUUGCGAUGAAAAAUAAUUUUAAACAACCAAACUGCAGAUAGAAUUGGCAGAUCAGCCAGUCGUAAUAUAUGUUUGUUGUUUAAACUACAUGUAAAAUGUACAUGACUAUGAUCUGUGAUUCCAUGCAGCUUCUACUCGGACAAGUCAAAUUGGGAACUUCUGGUGCUGCAUCAGCCAAAUUAAGCAGGAGUUUCUGAGAACCAAUGGUAGCAAGAAUUUUGUUAUUGACACUAUUAUUAUUGUAACUUUAGGCGUCAACCAAGAGGUAGGAAAAGUGUCUGCAACCGACCGCGAUUCUGGCACAAAUGGAGAAGUGAAGUACUCAUUGCUUUACACGGAGGACAAAAGUUCGCCGUUUGCAGUUAAUAGAGAGACAGGUUCUAUCACCACCACUGGCCCGUUGGAUUUUGAAAAGACACAGCGACAUGUGUUGUUUAUCAGAGCAGACGAUAGUGGACUUCCGCUCCUUAGCUGUAAGUUUAAUAUCAUUAUACUGAAUUUUUAGACAUUUACCCAGGUGAAUUUAAUGGAAAACGACUUUCGAAUAAAAAAAAAUAACGCGAAAGAGGAGGUAGAGUUUCAUAAUAAAGGAAAUUAACGUGAUUAAGACACAGUUGGUGGUGACAACCGGAACAAAUUUAUUUCAACACUGGAUGCAAAAAAAUUCAAAACUGAACAAAACUGAGCUGACAUUACUUGUGACAGCGACAACGAUGAAGGAUGAACUCGAAAUAUUGUAAAGCUUCGCCUUAGCUUUUGUGAAAGAUGAAAAAUAGAGUGUAAAUGGAAAGAAAGAAAGCGUGUAGUUAAUGUUUUUAGGUGUCAAAAAUGUCUGGACAGGUUCCAAAAUUGAGGUUAAAAUUUUGGAAAUUAAGAGCGCGGAAAUUAACGCUACACUUAAUUAACGUCGCGGAAUUUAACGCUCAACAAAAUUAACGCGAAUUUUAAAGAUUCGCGUUAAUUUCAUGGAGCGUUAAUUUCCUAUAAUAAGGUAUGACGGACCUGAAACUUUCAGCGUCCAUCGAGAGGUUUGUUUUGUACUAUAGUUGGAUGGCUUGAGCCAACUCGAAGGCUUUAACCCUUUAAGUCCCAAUAGUGACCAAGAUCAAAUUUCUCCAAACAGUGUCCGUACACUGUUAAGAGAUAAGUUAUGAGAAUUAAUAAAAUGAUCACACUAGAAAAAAAUGCCUUGAUCUAUUAUCAAAUUCUCUCUACUUAUUCUUUAAGGAAAUGUAUAGAGAUCAGUUUGGAGAAUUUGUAUGUGGAUACUGGGGCUUAAAGGGUUAAGCACAUCAUAUAUUGGAUGCAUUUUGUUUGAUAGUGCUUUACACAGCUGGCACAAACUUUUUCAUUUCAGUACAAAAACACAUGCAUGUGUAAAGGGUAAAUAAUUUCGAAAAUAAUGUAAAAAUUGAUAAAGCUGAUACUUUUACAAGUCUUUCUGACACACUUAAAAGUUACCGUAAAUUCUCUAUUAACCCCCCCACCACCCUUUUCAGGGGAAGAGAGUUAGUAAGCCCCCCUGCCCUCCCCUAAUUAUUCUUCACUAAUAAAUGAUAAACUGUAUUAUUCAUUCACGACUGUAAAACUUCGUGUGGACUGAUUCGGGAUGGCUUAUUCACCGACUAAAAGUUCGGAUUUGUUGUUGAUCCUCGGCUGCAUGACCUCCAACUUCUUGUACCUGAGCUUUUCCACUUUGUAGCACCCCCUCUCAGAUAAGCCCCCCGUUUGAAAUAAGUAAGCCCCUUCGGGGGGGGGGCGUAAUUGUCAAGAUGGUUUAAGUGUGGAAUAGGUAAAUUCACUGAAACAUUGUGCUUGGUUUCUUUUUGAAGCAAUCUGCAGCGUCAUUUUCAAUGUGAAAGACAUAAAUGACGAGACCCCAAAGUUCUCCGCAGACUCUUACGUCGCCAAGGUGGCCUUAGAUAAAGAGGUUGGCGCCCAGGUAUUGUUAGUUACGGCAACUGAUUUGGACAGCGGCGACAACGGCAGAGUGGUGUAUAACAUUACACGCGGGAAUGACGAGGGAGCUUUUGAGGUUGAUGCCGAUACGGGAGCCAUCAAGUUGAAGAAAUCUCUUACAACAGUUUCUGCAUCUCAGUUUGAGCUUAUAGUCGAGGCUGAAGACAAGGGCAAUCCACCUAGAAAAACCAGUGCUACCGUGAAGCUAAAUGUGUUUUUACCAGAUGGCCCUCCAAAGUUUGUCGUCAAGCCAGUCAUAGAGGAAGUCACCGAAGGUAUCACUGCCGGCAACAGAGUCAUGGUGGUGAAAGCUGCGACAUCUGAGGCUCUCACUUACGAAAUAAUCUCUGGUAAUGAAGAUGGCUUGUUCCAAAUCGUGCCAUCUACUGGAGAGAUUCGGGUGACAAGGGUGCUAGAUUAUGAAGAGAAAAAACAGCAUGAGCUGGAGAUACGCGUCAUGGACACGAGAGACCGCAGUGACCAAGUCAAGCUUAUUCUUAACGUCAAGAACAUUAACGACAACAAGCCGCAAUUCCCUGGCGAAGUCGGUGGGCUCGUCGAAAGGAAGGUAGAUGAAGAUUUCCUGACUGGCGAUGCUGUUGCUCGUUUAGCAGCCUUUGAUGGUGACGAUGGAGAUACCAUUUCGUAUACUUUGUCUCCCAACGCACAAUCUUUGUUUUCGGUCGAUAGCAAUGGUGUCUUGAUAGCAAAGAAACCACGAAAGGAAAUCAGUUCGCCAGUCCAGUUUGAUGUGACAGCCAAAGACAGUGGUACUCCUCCACUUGAGACAAAGAUUAAAGCGCAGUUGGUGUUCGUUACUUACAGACCUAAUCAGCAACCUGUUAGAGUUUAUGUAAGGGAAGAUAAAGAGGUCGGAAGUGUAGUAGCUACCGUCCCGAGAUAUUUUCCCGGUGGCACGCUCUCCAUUAUAUUUCCUCAGAACUCCAACUUCACUGUUGAUAACUCUGGCAAAGUUCGCAUGACGACGCCUUUUGAUUUUGAACAAACGGAGUUCUACAGUUUGACCGUCAGAGAACAAGAACCGGCCCCUGGCGGCCGCACGAACGACGUUGAUGUGGAAAUCAACGUGGUAGACAUCAAUGAUAAUAAGCCUAAAAUGACGAUGCUGGACUUCUUUGGUCGUGUUAACACCAACUCGCGCCCAGGGGCCAGUGCAUAUCAGCUCAAAGCAGAAGAUGAUGAUGGUGGAUUGGCUGGGACGGUCGGCUACCAGAUGGUCUCCAAGGGGACACCAUUUGGUAUAAAUCCACUGACUGACAUUGUCGAAAGUACUGGUAUUCUUGAAGACAGGGGAGGAUACAAUGUGACAUUAUACCCCUUCGACUUUGGCAUUCCGCGUCAGUUUGGCAGCCCAGUGUAUCUGGAUAUCAAAACGGUCAACUUUAAGCCACGGUUUUCGGAAGCGGCGUAUAAGUUUGAAGUCUUUGAGAGAGCUCCUCCCGGAGUGAUAAUUGGAAAGGUCAAAGCUACCAGUGUUUCAGGAGCAAGAGUGGGUUACUCCAUUGUUCAGGGUGAUCUAGAGAAAAAGUUUCGCGUAGAUUCAACCGGUGAAAUAAAACUAGACUCCCUCUUGGAUCGCGAAAAGAAGGCUUUGUACAACUUGAAAGUGAGAGCGACAGAACUUAUUCCUAGGGGCUACUCAAAUGAUGUAGAAGUAGAGGUCACAGUUAAGAAUGCCAAUGAAUACUAUCCGUACUUUGUGCAGCGAGUCUAUGAGCAGUCCGUCAAUGAAGGCCAAGGUGCGGGGUUCUUGGUGCUUCGUGUACAGGCAAAAGACUGUGACUGCGGAGGAUGCAACUGCCAGCUUGGUUUGCUAACCUUUUCACUAGAAGGCACCUCUUUGUUCAGAAUUGACCCAGUUACUGGCGAUAUCACCGUAGGACCAAAUCCUCUUGAUUACGAAACGGAACCUGUACACGUAUUCACUGUCUUUGUGGAGGACUUUGGUGAGAAGAAGUUCAAAUCUCGGGCCUUUGUGAAGAUAACCGUGCAGAACCAGAAUGACGAAGAUCCCCGGUUCCAGGAGAGUGAUUAUACUAUUGGCAUCGCUGAAGAUGCGGUAACCGGGAAGGCGCUGGCUGCUAUUCUGGCCAGAGACGCCGACGGAAAUUCUUUGACGUAUAGUAUAACUAGUGGCAAUAGUGGUGGCAUUUUUCAGAUUGGUUCUUCUACCGGUGUACUCUCACUGCAGCGGACAGUAAAAGGCAGCUCCCAAACACAGUACACACUCGAGGUUCGAGCAACAGAUUCGUUAAAUGGAAGGUACGACGAAGUUCGUGUAGUAGUCAACAUCGAAGACAGUAACGACAACAGGCCAAUAUUCAGAAACUGCCCUUCACCAGGUCAGGUCUCUGUUGAAGAGAACAAGAACGCGGGAGAAAGGGUCUUUCAAGUCACUGCUGUCGAUGACAAAGAUCGAGGACGAAACAGGGAGGUGGAAUACAAACUCAUCACUGGCGGAAACCCGAAGUUUGCUAUAGACAACACCACUGGUGUAAUCACUACUCUGGCAAGUUUAGACCGCGAGGAAAAAGCCGAACAUAAGUUGAUCGUGCAAGCUGAAGAUGGAGGUCACGGAAGGGACGAGGCAGAGAGACUUUUGUCUUACUGCAUCUUUGAUGUAAAGGUUGGCGACAGGAAUGACAAUUACCCCAGGUUCGUGACUCCCAAGUAUGUUGCUAGCGUGUGGCAAGGAGCAUCAAUUGGGACGGUUGUCUUGACUGUCAAAGCGGAAGAUGUGGACGGGAAGGGACCGAAUAACGAGGACAAUACAGAAGUGGUUUACCAGUUGGUUAAUCCUGACGACAAGUUCCGCGUUGACCCUUCUUCCGGCCAGAUUAUAACCAAAGCAGACUUAACAAGUUUUAAUAGCAAAUUUCAACUGAGAAUUCAGGCUACAAAUAAACAGCCCAUGACCACGAGUAUUCAAGCCCCACCAACCUCAACAACAACUGUCGAGAUCAAAAUAGUGAAUUUGAAACCACCCAAAUUCAAGAAGGCCGUGUACACGGCUAAUAUUGCAGAGGAUGUGAAGUUGGAUUCUUACGUAGCAACUAUCCAAGCUGUGAGCGAAGUUAAUCCAGCCCACAAGAUAUCCUACAGUUUGGUGAAUUACAAUCAAGAGGGAGUUCAGAAAUUUAAAAUCGACCCAACAUCUGGAAAUAUCACGACAGCGAGCACGCUCGAUUAUGAACAGACUAAGGUAUACAGUCUACAA